ACGCUCGUAGCACUGAUAAAAUGGCUUUGGCAAGAUCAAGAUAUCUUGACACCUUCUUUGUUCUGUCGACAGUAACGUUACUGUUUUGGACAGAGUUUGGUGACUGUAAUAAUGGUAGAAGGUCAAGCGACGGAAUGGACACUGACUUCAGCGGAUUCUCCAUACCGCUGGAGCAUUCUUUUGAAGUGGAUGAUGUCCCUCGCUUUCGGGGUCGUGGCACCUUACAGCUGAGAGGCGGCAGAGAGACCAGUGUGUCUCUAUCACAGAUCCAGCUGAUGGAGGAGGACAGGAAUAGACUGAAGGACGUGGCAGCAGUGGACGGGCUGUACAGAAUCCGAGUGCCCAGGGUCUCUCUGCAGGCAGACAGGCAGACAGAGAGACAGGCAGAGGGAUAUCUCACUGCAUUUGUCCGAGCGUGUUCUGUGGUAGAAUCUCACCUCAGUGAUGUCAUCAGCCUUCACACAGACGUCAGUGGAUACCUCAUCGGCGUCUCCAUAGUAACAUUGCCGGGUGCCUGUCAUGGCGCUGAGGUGGAGGAUGAAAUUGACCUGGAAGCAUUUAAUACGACCAUAAGCAUCAUAGGACCAGUCAAUGCACCAGCCCCAGAGACGGCGCGUUUCAUUGAGAGAAUGGAACAAGAGAUGGAAAAAAAAGGAAAGAAUCCACAGGAGCAGAAAUCCUUCUUUGCCAAAUAUUGGAUGUACAUCGUGCCACUCGUCCUCUUCCUCAUGAUGUCCGGAGCUCAGGAUCAGUCAGGGGGAGGUGCCGGUGGUGCAGCAGCCAAUGGCGGAGGACGAUGAUUGCCAUGGAAACAUUCAUUUUCAUGGUGGCUCCUGUUGUACAUAAUUAUUUAAAUAAGAUGUGAAAGAAACGUGAACACAUUGAUAUGCAAAAAGACAAACUAAUGUUGGUUAAAAGAGAGGAGAUAACAAAGUUGGUUUUAUUCUGUUGUGCGUUUUUACUACUGAUAAUGAAUAAAUUCCCCAUUGAUGCCUCAGUCUUUUCCCUUUAGGGGUCAAUCAAAUAUUUGGAGCACCCAGAUUUCCACGUCUGUUUACACGUCUUAUAGGUUAGA